ACAAAUAUAACAAGUUGCAAGUGGCAACAUUGUAAUAUCUGAAGAGUCUGUUAAUUUGCCCUAUUUUCACUUCAUCACUACUGUAAACCAAAUUAUUUCCUUAUUGAACUUCCCUUUCCGUCGAGAAGACAAGAAAACUGUAAAAAUUCGCCGGAGCGAGCAUUGGUUUGAGUUGAGGCGGAGGCGGCGGCGGCGCGGAAAUGGGUAAGAGCGGGAAAAAGCAAAGUCUGAACCACCGCAGAGGAAAAAAACCCUCCUACACUCUGGAAGAAAAUGAAGAAGAAACCUACCAGCUAACCCAACCGGCAUCUUCUGCUCGAGAAGCUUCUCCCUCCGACUCCGACUCCGACCAAGAAUCGCAAGAAGAACAAGAAAAAGACAAGGGUCUUGUCGGAAGCACAUCAAUUAACAAUGGGCUCCCUUCAAAAUUUUCUCUUUAUCAGCAGUCUGUGCAGUGUCCAAAAGGGGAUAUAAGCUAUCUGCAGAAGUUCUUUUUGAUGUAUGUUGGGGGGCGGGCACCCCUUCAUUUACAGGAAGACUUUUGUGGCACUGCUCUUUUGAGUGUAGAAUGGCUCCACAAUGACGCUAGACGAACUGCCGUGGGCUUAGAUUUGGACAGCGAGGCGCUAAAUUGGUGCCUCGAGAACAACCUCAACAGGAUCGGUGCUGACGUGGACUCGAGAUUAUCCCUUUUCCACGGAAAUGUCUUGCAGCCCCUCGAAUCGAAAUUGGUUGGUUCCAACCUCGACAAAAUUACGAAGAAUCUUACAUCGAAAGACAACGAAGGUGAUUCGACAGCUGGCACGAUGGAAAGCCCAAACGAUGUUCGAAACGUUAAACACUUGAAGGAGAUAGAAUUGCCCGAGAGAGAUAUAGUGUGUGCGUUUAACUACAGUUGUUGUUGUCUGCAUAAUCGGAAAGAACUGAUUACGUACUUCAAACACGCACUGAAUGCUAUAAGCAAGAAAGGUGGUAUAUUUGCGAUGGAUUUAUACGGAGGCACUUCGUCGGAGGGCCCACUGCGGAUGCAGAGGCGAUUUCCGAAUUUCACAUAUAUGUGGGAGCAAGCUGAAUUCGACGUAAUUCAACGAAAGACAAGAAUUAGUCUCCACUUCAAUCUCCAUAAACACAACAAAAAGAUUCGACACGCGUUUAGCUACAGCUGGAGACUCUGGUCUCUGCCUGAAGUUAAGGAUUGCUUAGAAGAAGCCGGAUUUAGCUCGGUUCACUUUUGGAUUCGUAAUAUGCCAGACAGUGAAGAUAUCCGGUGCAUCGAUGGAUUCUCUGUCGGACGAGAUAUUAAGUACGAAGAGGCCGUAAGCUUCCAACAGCAAGAUUCUUGGAAUGCGUACGUUGUAGGAGUUGCGUAAGUCACUGCUAUUUAGCAUAUGGAGAAAGAAAUGCUCGGAUUUUUGUAAUUCAGGUUCGUCGUUUACUUGAUCUAAUUUUGAGAAAUACGGACUUCGUUGACCGUGAGCUUAAAUUGCUUUUAAGGGUUUGUUUAAUUAAAGAAAAAAUAUUGCCGAAAUUGGAGAAGAACUAUGUUUAUGUCAUUUUCUUACAUCGAAAAGAACAAACCGUUUUUCUUUAGAUACUUCAGAAGUUUAUUUACGU